AAUGCAUCAUUCCCCUGAAGAUGCCAUCGCUUGGCUAGGCGACUAUGCACACCCCACAUAAAUACCACAGGGAGCGGAUUUAAUGCCCAGUGAGGGCAGCGGUCUCAGUGAACGUUACUGCGCAUGCUUAGUGCCAGCCAAGCCGCACGUUCUGUCAAGCAGCCAGUCCCCCGGGUUUCCUGGCCGCGCGCGGGGCCCGCCUCCCGCAGGGGGGCUGCACUGCCAGGGGCGCCUGGAGCCCGGGCAGCUAGCGGCGGGACGGAGGAAGGCAGUGCGCCUGCGCACGUUGGCUGGUGGGCCAGGCCGGAUAUCCGCUGCAGGGCGAGGGGCAUCGGGUGCACAGACAUGGCGGUGGAGUUAGACCGUGGCCCGAGGCCGGAUGUCGGGGCCCAGCGGGCAGAGCUGGGGCCGCUGCUAGGGACAGCGCUGAGGCCGGGCGAGUCCUGGUAUUUGAUUGACAGUCGGUGGUUCAAACAGUGGAAGAAGUAUGUGGGUUUUGACAGCUGGGACAUGUACAACGUGGGUGAGCCUAACCUGUUUCCUGGACCCAUUGAUAACUCUGGACUCUUUGCAGAUCCAGAAAUACAGACCUUAAAAGAACAUCUCAUUGAUGAGCUGGAUUAUGUGUUGGUUCCCACUGAAGCCUGGAAUAAGCUAGUGAACUGGUAUGGCUGUAUAGAGGGGCAGCAACCUAUUGUAAGAAAAGUGGUGGAGUUCGGUCUGUUUGUGAAGCACUGUAAAGUAGAAGUUUAUCUCCUCGAACUGAAGCUGUGUGAAAAUAGUGAUCCUACCAAUGUGUUGACCUGUCAUUUCAGCAAAGCAGACACCAUUGCCACCAUUGAGAAGGAAAUGCAACAGCUGUUUAAUAUCCCCUGUGAGAAGGAAACUAGGUUAUGGAGCAGGUAUAUGAGUAACGCCUAUGAGCAGGUCAAUAAUCUGGACAGCACUGUACAAGAUGCAGGGCUCUAUCACGGUCAGGUGCUGUUAAUAGAAGUGAAGAAUGAAGAUGGUACAUGGCCUAGGCAGUCUCUUCCGGCAAAAGUCUCUGGCUUCUCCUACAACUCCUACAGCUGCAGGGAGUCCCCUUCCCUGUCACAGCCCGGCAUCUGUGGGCUCAGUAACUUGGGAAACACCUGCUUCAUGAACUCUGCAUUACAGUGUUUGAGUAACACCCCACCUCUGACUGAGUAUUUCCUGGAAGAUAGAUAUGAGGCUGAAAUAAAUCACGACAAUCCUCUGGGGAUGAGAGGAGAAAUUGCAGAAGCAUAUGCAGAGCUUAUUAAGCAGAUGUGGUCUGGGAGACACUCUCACGUGGCACCUCGUAUGUUCAAAACCCAGGUUGGCCGUUUUGCCCCUCAGUUCUCAGGGUACCAGCAGCAAGAUUCUCAGGAGCUCUUGGCAUUCCUCCUGGAUGGCUUGCACGAGGAUCUGAACCGAGUGAAGAAGAAGCCCUACUUGGAGCUCAAGGAUGCCAAUGGCAGGCCUGAUUCGGUGGUGGCGAAAGAAGCCUGGGAGAACCAUAGAUUAAGAAAUGACUCUAUCAUCGUGGAUAUUUUUCAUGGCCUUUUCAAAUCCACCCUGGUCUGUCCAAAAUGCUCUAAAGUUUCUGUGACUUUUGACCCUUUCUGCUAUUUAACUCUUCCAUUGCCCUUGAAGAAAGAUCGUUCCAUGGACGUUUCUCUGGUUUUUGCAGACCUGCAUCAUAGACCUACCCAGUAUCGGGUAGUUGUGCCAAUGAUGGGGGCUGUAUCAGACCUGUGUGAAGCUCUUUCCAAACUUUCCAAGAUCCCUGCAGAAAAUAUGGUGGUGACAGAUGUUUAUAAUCACCGAUUCCACAAAAUUUUCCAAAUGGAUGAAGGGUUAAGUCACAUCAUGCCAAAAGACAACAUCUUUGUAUAUGAAGUUUGCAAGUCAAGCGAGGAUGGCGCUGAGUGCAUCACUCUCUCUGUAUACUUCAGAGAAAAGAGAAUAAGACAGUCCAGCACUUCUUCGGGGACUGUUCUUUGUGGGCAGCCACUGCUAAUCUCUGUGCCAAAACACAAGCUCACUCUGGAUCACUUGUACGAUCUUGUCUUGGAGCAGAUUGGCCACUACGUUAAAUUCCCUCUGACAAAAGAAUAUUCUAGUGUACGCCUGGACAGUGGGAUCUGCAAUGGCUCCAGUGGUGGCUGCGAAGUUGAAGAGAUGGAACAUCAGGAUGGAGGUGAGGAGGGCAGGGAAAAAGCCUCAGAAACAGAUUCCUGCCAGUCAGAGGGCUGUGCACAUGAUUUGCUGGGGAAGGAAUGGCAGCAUCACAAGAAGCAUCUGUUCACCUUUAGCCUUGUGAAUUCCUAUGGGACCUCUGAGAUAAAUUCAAUUACAACAGAGGGGAAACUUCUAAAACUGAACUCCUAUGCCACCCUUGCUAUUGACUUGGAUCCAGACACUCGGAAGCUGCUGUUUGAUGAACAAGAGUCACAGGCAUUUGAAAAGGAUGAAAGUAUGUUACAGUCACAGAAGAAGAAAACUACUGUCGCUCUUAAAGACUGUAUAGAACUCUUUACUACAAUGGAAACGCUUGGUGAACAUGACCCUUGGUACUGCCCUAACUGCAAGAAGCAUCAGCAGGCCACAAAGAAGUUUGAUCUAUGGUCUUUGCCCAGGAUUUUGGUGGUGCAUUUAAAACGCUUCUCGUACAACAGAUACUGGAGGGAUAAACUUGACACUGUGGUUGAAUUCCCCAUCAGGGAUUUGAGCAUGUCUGAGUUUGUCUGUGACCCAGCAGCUGAUCCGUAUGUGUAUGACCUCAUUGCAGUGUCCAAUCACUAUGGAGCUAUGGGAGUAGGCCACUAUACUGCAUAUGCAAAGAACAAAGUGAAUGGCAAAUGGUACUACUUUGAUGACAGCAGUGUAUCAAUGGCUUCUGAAGAUCAAAUAGUGACAAAAGCCGCAUAUGUGCUAUUCUAUCAGCGGCGGGAUAGCAAGCAGCACGUAGCCCCGUCUCUGCCUGCAGAAAGUGAGCUGGCAUCGGAAGAGUGUGACGGCAUGGAUACCAACUGAGCCCAGCCUGCUGCGCUUAGACUGCUCGGUAGAGUUCUUUGUUUGACGCCAUGUCUGAAGCAUCUGAGAAUUGCUGUUCUGCCUUCAGUAGGAUUCUCAAGCAGGAAAUCUAGUGUUGGGAGUUUAGUGCCCGGUGUCAUAAGAUAGCACGGGGGAGCCAAGAAUGAGCUGACACAGGGUAUCUAGAGGCCAAAAAUUACAUAUAUCAAAGCUUCAAUAAAAUUUUUGUAAAUCUGGCUAGACUGUGUGGCUGGAGCUGGGAAAGGAGAGGCUUGGGCUGGGCUGAGUUGUGGGGCUGGAGCUGGGGCCUGGGGCGAAGAGGGUGACUGCAGGCUGUUGCAGAGAUUACAGAGAGGUGUCAUUUGGGCAUGAACGCUACUCCUGUGGUGUGUCUGUUGACAGCUCUGUGCGUAGCUGUCAGGCCCAGUCCAGAUUUUCUCUGUCUAAUCCCAUCAGCUUUAGUGUCCGGAAUUCCUGCUAUGGCUCCAGCAGUGCCUCUUCCACACUCCCCAGUCCACGUGGCCACAGCUCCUGGUGUCUCUUCUUCUUUCUGCCUUUGCACCUUUUUUCCUGUGCUGAGCAGCUGGGUGCAUUUGCUCUGGUCCCUGUAUGCUGGUGACAUCUUUGACUAUUCUGGACAGCUGAGCCAUGGGCCUUUCCUACAUUCAGACAUAUCAUUUUGGUCCCAAAAAAGUAGAAAGUUCAUUGGAAAUGAAAUGCAGCACCCCUGGCCACUGCUGCGUGGAGAGAGCUAUACUCUGAUUGCAAAAUAUACGCACUUCUAUGUGUACAAUAGGAUUUCAGCUCUGGCUCCUGCUGUUAGCACUAUCACAGGGUGAGGUCUCAGCCUUUGAGACCCUAAAUUCAGUCAGGUCUUGUCCUAUUCAUUCAUAUUUCACAGUCCUUUGUGCCAGUUCCCAUGGAAACCUGCUGAUGAUCCCUAGAAUGACAACCCCUCAAUUGAGUUUGUCCCCUUCCCCCACAGCCCUGUGAAACCAUGAGGGUUCUGUGCACCAGUGAUCACAGCUUCUGUGUGAUCUCCACAGCUGCUGUGUAGACAGCCUUACAUAGCACCCCCCCAGAUGCUAAUCCUUUCCAGGAGCUGGCCCAGUCAGAAAGUGGCCUCACUCCAGUCCAGCCCUCCCCAGUGCUAACUCUUCCGUUUCCCCAUUGCUGUCCACACUGGUUCCAUGCCACUACCACCCCAUACAGGCACUGCCAGCUGCCCAGGCCUCCCACUUGUUUAUUUCCUAGAAGUUAAGGGGGUGGGUGGGGGGAGGGAGGAAAGGCACCAUGUGGGAACGCACUACAGGAUUAAAGCUGCAUUCGCUAGGUUUGCUGUAAAGGAGAAGGGAGCUGCUGUGUCCCCAGCCCUCUGGUUAGCAUUGCGCUGCUGCUCUGCAGAGCAGCUCUUUUAAAGCACUGAGGUUUGAGUUGUUUAGCUCAGAAUUGCUGAUGCUUCUGCUGUUUGGUUCUUGGUUUGUUUGGGUUUUUACACCUGGCUUAAGUGGAUAUUAUGUUUCUUUUCUGUCUCCCUCACUAGGGGCUAAGUUUAAACUGUAGCACUGCACUGGGUUUUUUUGUUUAGCAUCUUUGAUUAUGGGGUUUCCACCUUUUUAAAGUAAAAAUUUGGGGAGACAGUGGGGAAAAGGUAAGAAAAGAUCCUGUUAAAAAUGAAGAACAACAUAAUGUAACAAAUGUGGUUCCCCUUCUAUAUUGACACAAGAAACCUUCCCAUUUUCCUUUGUAUGGUCAGACUGAAAAGGCAUCCAUCGGGCUGAAGGCUGAUUCUUGGAUGCUGAAUUGAAAUCUCUUCUAAUAUACUGCAGUUAAAAGGAUGACAGGAAUCUGGCCUUCUCCUCUGCCUGUCAGCUGAUUGGGUUCUGAUUGGUGUGUACAUUCUGUAUAAUGUCAAAUCUGCUUUUAGACUGGCACUUUGUAAGUGACUGGCUUUAUUGUACAAAGAGGAAAUAAAGAAGAGUGGUUUGCACUGAA